UCCAAAUUGAAGUUUCACCGUAUUCUUCCUUUCCCCCCACUUGGCGUGUCCCGCUCCUAAUGGCGAUGUCGCCGGCCGGAGUGCUCGCCGGAAUAUUCCUCCUCGUGGCCCUGUACUGCGGCACCGACCCGUUCCGGCACAGCGCCCUAUCGGGCUUCCCCGACUUCGAGGCCUACAAGGCCGACAUGCCGCCCUGGUCCGAGGUCCCGGCCGAGAGGGAUUCCCAGAAUCUGCUGCAGAGGUCGGAGAUCAAGUUCCUGAACCAGAUUCAGGGGCCCGAGAGCAUCGCCUUCGACCCCCUCGGCCGCGGCCCGUACACCGGCGUCGCCGACGGGCGCGUCCUGUUCUGGGAUGGCCAGGCCUGGUCUGAUUUCGCUUACACCUCGCCCAAUAGGUCAGAACUAUGUAAUCCAAAACCAUCACCUCUGAGUUAUCUAGAAAAUGAGCACAUCUGCGGCAGGCCCCUUGGUCUUCGUUUCGACAAAAAAACAGGAGAUUUAUACAUUGCAGAUGCAUAUUUUGGGCUAAUGAAGGUGGAACCUGAAGGUGGAUUGGCAACAUCUCUCACAACUGAAGCUGAAGGAAUGCCAUUGAGAUUUACCAACGAUCUGGACAUUGACGAUGAAGGAAAUGUAUAUUUUACAGAUAGCAGUAGCAUAUACCAGAGAAGGAACUUCUUGCACUUGGUUUUUUCUGCCGAAAGUAGCGGAAGGCUUUUAAAGUACAACCCAGUUACAAAGGAGACCACAGUUCUUGAAAGGAAUCUCCAAUUUCCAAAUGGCGUGUCCUUAAGCAAGGACAGAUCAUUCUUUGUCUUUUGUGAAGGUGCCAUUGGCAGAUUGCAGAAGUACUGGUUGAAAGGUGAGAAGGCGGGGACUUCGGAAGUGUUUGCUGUCCUGCCAGGGUUCCCCGACAAUGUCCGGACCAACAAAGACGGUGAAUUCUGGGUCGCAGUCCACUGCCGCCGCACCCUUUACACGUACUUAUGCGCACUCUACCCUAAACUUAGGAAAUUUAUACUCAAGCUCCCUAUUUCGGCGAAAAUACAGUUCGCCCUUCACAUCGGGGGACGACUUCAUGGAGUGGUCGUUAAGUACAGCCCGGAGGGCAAGGUCUUGCAGGUCCUAGAGGACAGCCAGGGCAAGGUCGUGAGAGCAGUCAGCGAAGCGGAGGAGAAGGACGGGAAGCUCUGGAUGGGGAGCGUUCUGAUGCCCUUCAUCGCGGUAUACGACCUGGUUUGAAGUGGAUGCGCUUCUCUUCUCAUCGGUAGAGGUGGCUCGUUAAGAAGUAAGUCAUUUUGGUCUCGCAUCAACCUUUUCUUUGACAUGUAGAGGACAUUAGGAAUUGGGGAUAGUAUUGAAGCAGCCCCCUUUGUUGGAUACAAAACCUCGUUUAAUUUUUACCCGAUAUGUUCAGCUACUACUGCUUCAUCAUUGCUUUAUUUAGUACAUUGAUCGUUGUUGUUUAUUCUAGUUGCGAGAAUAAAAUUGACG